AUUAAUUAUAAAAGACGGAAUUGAGAUAUGUGUUGAUUUGACGAACGUACGCCCCAAAAUCAAUGCCGAAAAGGAUUUCUUCUUCUAGCUGAUCAUAGUGAGGUGGAAUAUUGACCGUUUCAUCUAAAUAUGGACCGUCGUGAUCGGAAAUACAUCACGCAAUUGAAGGGAAUAAGCUAUGAUAUUAGAAUGUGUGAUUAUGGUUCUAUAAAACCGUGCUAUAACAAACUGAAGAAUGGUAAACUUGGCGAUCAAGAGUCGGAUAAUGACUAUGCUUGGUUUCUUGAUUUCUUAAUUGAAAAUGGUGAACUGACAAAAGACGUCGUACGAGAGGAUCAGAAUGAAUAUGAAAGCGAAAACGAAGAUGAAGACGUACGUGUAGAUGAAAACAAUAAAGAUCCUGAACAUCUCCUGUUUUUCGAGAAUCUCUCCGAACAUGGUAAAUCAUACAAGCUGAAAAUUUCUCAAGAUGAUGAGGAACCUUGGUUUCUGUAUUAUGAAGAGCCGGUUAAUUCAGAUCGGUGUGAUGACCUUCAAACUUGUAGUGAUGAUAGUGGAGAUGAAGUAACCGUUUCUGAAGAUACGCAAAUCAAGCAGCAGGCUAAAAGGAGGCGGAAUGAAAAGAGUGGUCGGAUUUCUACUAAAAAAGAAGUUUCUAAAAGAAAGAAGAUAAAUGUGUCAAUAAAAGAUAAGACUAUGACACAACCCCCUCGAGGCCAGGGUAACACUGCGGAAACUUGCCACAAUGUGUCGAUAAACGGUGCAAACAGUGCAGUUAAAUGCAAAGAAGAACCUGUGGAAUAUGAAAUGGACGUUACAACUUGUGAUUCAGAUUCCGAUGUAGUGAUUUUGGAUAAUGUUCAGAAUUGCAGUGAAGUGAAUAAUAAACAACUAGUAUUAGCGGAAAAAGAACCAUCUUUAAGGGACAAGCUGAUAAACAUUCUUAAGCAUCCAUAUAACGAAGAGGAGUAUAAACUCCUUUCAGAAUAUAUAGAGAAAGAGAAGCCGGUAUGUCAACUUAAACCCUUGCGUAAUGGCAGGUCGAGAGCAUUUGCCGAGACUGGAGUGAACAAGUCGGUGCUUGAUUAUGGCCCUGAAAGAUUUCAACGGAUGCUCGAUGCUGCCCACGAGGAUCCACCUAAAGCUCUUAAUCUCCUGCGGAUGUUUCGCUUCUGGCUAGAACACGCCCCCAAUGACGAUGCAUUUCAACCAUGGAGAGAGAAACAGUUUCUGAAGGUGCGACCAAGUGAGAAGAAUGCUCUAACUCACAUGUAGCAGCAGCUGCUUUUGGAGGAUAAAUGACUGUUGAUGACUUAAAAGCCUUUAGUACAAAAUGGUAGUUUAAGAUAACCAUGACCCAUUCAGUUUAUGUGGGUGAUUUUGUUUGCUAAAAGUAUUCAAUGGGCCUAUUUUUAAAUUUUGCUAACUUUGAAUA